AUGGAUGCAUCGAAACCUAAAGAAAACUUUGUUAAAUUAACGAAUUUUGCUUUAGCAAGACCAAAUGAACCAUCAUUAUUGGAAGAUAGAAGAUUAAUUAUUCCAGUAGAAUAUUGUGCACCUGAAAUUCUUCAAAGUGCAGGUCGAUUGUAUUAUUCCGAAUUAUCUGAGAUUUAUUCCAUGAGAGUAUUAAUGCGGGAAGCUUGUUCACAAGGACAACUUCCUUAUGGCUCUUCGAUAUCGAACAAAGAAAUUCGACAAAAAAAGUUAAAUGAUGAAAUAUUACCGAGGCCAUGGAUGUGUGAUAGACAAAUUUGGCCUAUUAUUAAAAAGUGUUUUGAUCUUGCGUCACACUUUCAAUAUGUACUCGGUAUUGAUGUCAAAAUGAACGAUCGAUUAUAUGGUAGAUAUGGGCACAUAUAUUAUAAUGCAGAAUGGAUAAGAAAGAAUAAAUCAUCGAUUAUAUUAAUUGUAAUAAAUACAGAAAGAGCUGAACAUGACGCUUCAUUUCAUCUUGAGCUUAGCUCUCAUAAACAUAUUGUUCAUACCUUUGGAUUAGUAAAAAAUGAUCCUCGAUCGACAAUGUUAAUACAAGGACCUGCUCCACAUGACAAUCUUAUAAAAUUGUUACAAAGUCAACAAUUUAAACCAUCUGCAAAGAUUCUUAAAAUAAUUUUUUUACAAAAUUAUUGA